AUGUACAGUAUAAAUGUCAGUAAUAACAACGAUCAGAAUACUACUAAUACCAUAGUAGAUGUAAGUAAUACAUUAUCUAUUCAAGUUAAUGAACUAUAUUAUGAUGGGAAGUAUCCUAAUCUACCAUCUACUGAAUACACAUCAUCAUCAUCUUCAUCUUCUUCGGGAUCAUCGUUGUCAUCAUCAACAUCAUUAUCACUGACAACAGUAUCAUCGACUUCAACAACAACAACAAUAAUAAAUGAAUCCAAUUAUAUUUCAUAUGCUACUAGUAGUCUUCAUCAAUCUCGUCCAAGUUUAAAUUAUACUUAUGAACAACAAUAUUAUGUAAAUGAUAAUCAUGAAGAAUUUGAUAAUAAACAUUAUAAUUACUAUCAACAACAUCAUCAUUAUACACCAAUCAUUUCAACUGUACAUACUACUACUAAUAAUGAUAAAACUAUUAGUAAUAGUCUAUAUAUUUCCACUACUACAACUCCUAAUGAUAAUAAUCAUAAUCAUAAUGGUUUUUUUAAUGAAAUACAAAUUAUAUGCAUUUGUGAAACAUUACAACAACGUGGUGAUAUUGACCGAUUGGAAUUAUUUUUACAAACAUUACCUAAAUGGAAUAUACAAUUACAUAAUUUAGAAUGUAUACAAGUUGCUAAAGCACUGAUUGCAUUUCAUCAUGAACAAUAUACUCAAUUAUAUCAUAUAUUAGAAAAUUGUAAUUUCUCACCUAUCUAUCAUUCUAGAUUACAAAAUUUAUGGUUACGUGCACAUUAUGCAGAAGAAGAAAAAAUUAAAGGUAGAAUAUUAGGCGCUGUAGCUAAAUAUCGUAUAAGACGUAAAUUUCCAUUACCGCAUACAAUAUGGGAUGGUGAAGAAACAAGUUAUUGUUUUAAAGAAAAAUCUAGAAAUCUUUUACGUGAAUGGUAUCAUCAAAAUCCAUAUCCAUCACCACGUGAUAAAAGACAAUUAGCUGAAAUUACUGGAUUAACUAUAACUCAAGUAUCAAAUUGGUUUAAAAAUCGUCGACAACGUGAUCGUGCUACUGAUGUACUUAUAACUACUACAACAACAACAACAACAACUGUGACAACUACGACAACAAUGUCUAAAACACCAGUUAUGUCACCAAUAUCGGUUAAAACAAUGAUGACAUUGUUACCAACAGUUGUAUCUAUGUCACAUGAUUCACCAACUUAUCAAUUGUCGACAAUAACAACAAAUGGAAUUACUCAAUCGGAUAUCAUCAAUGAAAAUUCAGAUAGUUUACCAAUGAAUGAAUUGAAUACACAAUAUAAUAAAAUAAACAAUUUUUACACUCCUCCUCCUCCUCCUCCUGCUACUACUACUACUACUACUACUACUACUACUACUACUACUACUACUACUACUACUACUACCAACACUACUACUACUACUACUACUACUACUACUACUACUACUACUACUACUACCAACACUACUACUACUACUACUACUACUACUACUACUACUACUACUACUACUACUACUACUACUACUACUACUACUACUACUACUACUACUACUACUACUACUACUACUACUACUACUACUACUACUACUACUACUACUACUACUACUACUACUAUUACUAUUACUAUUAUUAAUGCUCACUUACGAAGAAUAAACCUAUGCACUUGGCUUCAAACUACACUAGAAUUAUUCAAUGGAAUAGAUUUACAAUCUGAAAGAGAUUAUUUAUCUGAUCCAUAUCACAUAGUUAAUAGUGGUCAUACUCAAAGUCAAUACAUCCAUCAUCAUCCUAUUCAAUAUAUCUCUCCAUUGAAUUCUUAUAAUGAACAAAAUAAUGAAAUAAUCACUGAUCAUUCAAAAAUGAAUCGAUUAAUGAUUGUUAAUGAGUCAGAUAUGAUAAAACAAACAAAUAAUAAUAAUAAUAAUAAUAAAUAUUCAUUUAAUAUUCCAUCUAGUGGAUAUUGUUAUGGUCAACAAUCUUCAAUCAAUCCUUAUAUACGAGAAAAUGUUAAUAAUUAUCUCCAUCUUCAUGAAUUCACUUCAUCUUAUUUAAACAAUAUUAAUAACAGUAAUAAUAAUAAUAAUAAUAGUAAUGAUAAUAAGAAUAAUAUCAAUGAAAUGAUAAAUGUAAUGAAUAAACAACAUUCUAAUUUAAAUUAUCCAUCUAUCUAUUCAAUGUCCAAUACUUAUGAUAAGCCACAUUUAAUACAAGAUAUUCCAUCAUUAAAUCAAUCUGAGAAAAAUAUUUUAAAUCUUAAAACACAAUCAUUAACGAACAAUCUUAGUUAUUCUUGUUCUUCUUGUCCUUCUUCUUGUUCUUCUUCUUCUUCUUCUUUGUAUACUUUAAAUCCAGAUAAAUUAAUAACCACCACCACCACCACCAACACAACAACAACACCAUCAACCUUUUCAAGAUUAAACUUUGAAAAUACCAUUGAAAAUAAUGUAAAUAUUAUUGAUUUAAAUAAACAAAUCAAUCCUUGGAUAAAUUAUUCCAUGUAUAAUAAUAACAAUAAUAAUAAUCAACUAAUUCCUACUAUUAUAACUUCACAUUCAACACAGAAUAGUAUUAUGAAUACAAAUCCUAAUAGUAAUAAUAAUACAACAGUAUGGUCUCCAAAUGAAGAUCAUCAAACUAUAUUAGAGUUAUAUAAUACACAUAAUGAUUUAAUAAAUAAUAAUAAUAAUAAUGAUAGUUCAUAUGAAGAAAGUUUAAGUGAUGAUAAUGAACAAAAUGAAAAUAUACAUCAAAAUAAUAUUUUUUCUUUUAAUAUAAAUAAUCAAUAUCCAUUCAAUCAAUUUCAUAAUAAUAAUAAUAAUAAUAUUGAUAAUCAAUCAAUAAAAUCGAUUCCAUUAAAAAAAUCAUCUACAUUUAUUUCAAAUCAUUUAAAAUCAAUAAAUUCAAUGAAAUCAAUACAAUCGAAUGAAAUCAAUCUAUUAAAUUAUGAUCAAAUUAAAAAUUCAAUUAUUAAUCCAUCACAAUUACCAAUUCAUUUACAUCAUUCAUUUAUUAAUAAACAAUAUUUAAAUCAUAAUAAUAAUAAUAAUAAUAGUAAUGAUAAUAUAUUACAUAAUCAAUUACCUAACAACAACAAUAAUAAUUCAAUAUCUACAACUGAUCAAACACUAAAUCGUUGGUUACAUAAUAAUCCCUUAACAACAACUACUAAUCAAUUCAAUGAUAAUGUAGAUAAUUGUUGUAUACCUGUAUUAUCAUGUCCAAGAAUUAGAAUGUCUCAUUCUCCUGAAAGUGCAAUAGUUCAUGAAAAUAUUACGAAUGGUGGUACUGAGUUAGAAAAGAAAUUACUCAACUUGAAGCCUCCUUUUAAUGAUAUUGACGAUGUUUAUUUAUCCUCAAAUUUCAACGAAUUAGAUCGUAGCUCACAUGUUUCAGUGGUUAUGUCGGAACGAGUUCAGUGUAUAGCUUCUGGUAUAUACAAAGAGUUUGAAACUAUGAUUGAGGCUUAUGGAUUACCCGUUGUUGAACGUUUAAUGCCAUUAAUAAUUAGUCUACUAGAAAAUUUGGAUGACCUAUAUAAAGAUCAAUCUGCAUACCACGCUGAAGUCAGACAGUUACGUGAAGAGAAUGAGCAUAUUUAUGACCAACUUACUGCUGAAAAGGCUGCUCGAAAACAGUCCGAAAUGCGUUUACUAAAUGCAGAGGAUGCUUUUGAUGAAGAGAGAAAGGUGAAUGAGGCAAAAAAUGAGUCAUUGUCCACAUCUUGUCGGCAAACGGAAUUGAGACUUCAGUUGGCUAAAGAUCAAGUUUCACGUUUAGAGGUGAAAGAACAAGAAUGGAAAAAAGAAGAGAAUCGUCUACAUGAACAUCUAAAUGAAUUAAUACGUUCUAAUGUUGAAUUAAGUGAACAAAUCAAAUUUAUUAAUCAUAAUAACAAUAGUCAAGAACAAUCAAGAAAUACAUUGAAUAAUUCUAUUCAGAGAAAUUCACCACGUAAAUUAUCAAUGAAUUCAUCUAAGUAUAAUUUAACUGGAUCAACUAAUCAUGAUCAAGGCUCAACAAUAGAUGGAUCAUCUACAGUUCAUUCGAAUUCACUUGGUGUUGGCUAUGAUACUACUGGUGGUGGAUUUGAGUUUGAUGAACUCCCAAAUACUCUGGAGUCGGAAGGUGGUGGUCUAAAUGUCGACGAUGAUCUACCUGCUGGUAUGCGUAAAGAGAUUGAUGUGUUGAUCAAAGAGAAUAUGGAACUUGUUGAAAUGAAAAAUGCUCUCAAUGUUGUGAAAGACGACCUACUAGCCAGAAUUGACCAUUUAACAUCUGAGAAUAUAUCAUUACGUGAAUCAGUAGAUAUGUUAACUGAUUCACGUAUUCGUUUACAAAAUGAAUUAACUAAUACUGAUCAAUUAUUAAAUGAUGCACGUUCAGAAUUAAGUCAAUUAACUGAAAAAUUAUCAUUAUAUGAAGAUAAAACAAAUGUAGAAUCAACUAAUUCCGCUCAAGUUAAACGUUUUACACGAUCCGAAAUGGCACGUAUUCUAGCUGAACGUAAUCAUUAUAAAGAACGUUUAUUAGAAUUACAAGAUGCUGUACGUUUUACAGAAACUUUACGUGUCAGUCAAAAAGGACAUCGUGAACUAUUCAUGACUAAAACACCGACAAUACAGCAAUAUAAAUUUGAUUCAAAUAGUCCAGUUAGUGGUCCAUUACAAAGUCUACAAAAGUUCUUCUCAUCAUUUACUUCUGGUCAACGUUCUGAAAAUUCAAAUGAAUUAAUUCACAAUGUUGGAAAUGGGUUGUCAAUUCAUGGCACAGAUAAUUCCCUAUCAUGGAUUACAUUGUCAACAACAUGUGCUAAUUCCCCAAUUUAUGGGUGGGCAACUGGAAAACAAUCGGACUGUAAAUUCAGUAGUAGUAAUAAUAAUAAUAACAAUAAUAAUGGUGGUGUUAUUCAAAGUAACAAUGAUUUUGUUGAUGAUAAUGCACAUUCUAAUGUACCAGUCCCCAUUCAAUGUAGAACAAUUGGUGGUUUGCAUAAAAAAAACUUAGAGAUAUGUACAGCACUCACUGUUCCAACCGGAUCUUUGGAUUGUAAUUCCAAACCUAAAUAUCAUAUAUGGCUGAUUGGUCGUGGUGGUUCAGGAGAUUAUUUAAAUUCCAAUGAUUCUUCAUUAUCAGUAAAUCGUGGUUAUCUUGGACAAGUGCACAUAUUUGAACCAACAAAAUUCACUCAACCUAUUAAUAGUUUUGAUUUAGAUAAUGGUUUCUUGCCGACAGCAGCUGUUUAUGUAAAAUACAAUGAAGCUGCAUCAACUGAUCCAUCCUCAAUUGAAUUAACCUCAAAUCAUGAAUACACUGAAUUUACAUGGGAUAUCGAUGAAUCUUAUGAUAAUAACAGUAGUAGUAAUAUGAAUGAGACAAUUUGUAAUAAGAAUAAUGAUGGUUGCGUAAUUGUAGCAUCAAAUGAUGGACGAUUUCUAGUUUAUAGAUUAUGUUAUAGCAUGAAGUCAACCAGUUCGUCUGAUGUGGCCGGAAAUAAUGACGAUAAUAAUAGUAAUUAUAGUGAGCAAAUUGUUUCAAGUCAUUUCAAUGUUGUUGGCUUACCACAAUUAAUAUAUCGAUUUAAAACAAAUAGUCAAGGUUUAGUGGCUAAUGGGAUGAUUUCACGUGAUAAUUAUGUGUGUAUUGGUCUAUUCAAUUCACUUGGUACAACUCAUAUUGUUUGCUUUCAAUGGCCAUUAACAUUUAUGCAAAAUCAACAUAAUAAUACCGUAAAUACAUCAUCUUCAAUGAUUACUUCUACAUCCAACAAAGUACAAACAAAACAUAAACUCAUUAAUUUACCGUAUGAAUCUUUAUCAACUGGUCCGUUAAUUAUGGCUUCUUCGUUUUCAUCCUCCACUUUGUCUUCUUCUAAUCCUUGUUCUACUGUGAAUGAGAAUAAUAUUUCUUCAAUAAAUGACUAUAUUUGGCUUGGUACAGCUGGUGGUGGUCAUUGUUAUUGUUUAGACGUCCAAUCUGGUGAUUUUAUAACAAGUUUAGCAUUACCAAAUGAAACUCCAUGUCUACAUGCAAUAUGCAUUAAACCGUCUACAACAGGAUUGGCCGACAUUGUUUGGUUAGCUGUAUCUGGCAAUCCUACAAUUUGUGCAUCAUGUGAGAAAAUUUCAACAUCUACAACCGAUAGUAAUCGUAGUAAUAUUGAUAAUAAAGACAUUGAUGAUGAUGUUAUCGUUGAUCAGAAAAAGUGUCAACAUAAUGUAAAUAGUGGAGUAAGUGUUGGAAUGGCACGUCUAUUAGGAUGUUGUCCUAAACAAAAGUGUAUUCUACGUCAAAUUGAUUUAACCAAUUCAUUGUCUUCAAUGUUAGAUAUGGAAAAUGUUACAGAUCCGAUUGAUUUAACUAUAUGUCGUUUACUUAUUAUACCACUGACUAGUGAUCAUGAAAUAUGGUUUGCUACUCGUUCUGGUCUUAUUGCUCGUUUACAUUUGGAUUACUCCAAGUAUAAACAUUCAUCAAAUGAGGUUGAAUUGUCCAAAACUUCUUCAAUAACAAUCAGUUGUCAUGGUUAUCGACGUCCUGUAUGCAAUUUACUAUUAAUUCAUCAAAUUUGUCAAAAAGCAAUUAACAAUGAAGACUUGAGUUAUUUAAUUGUAUCAGUUGGACAUGAUUAUGUUGAUCUGAGACAAUUUCAAGAACAAUAUGAACAAAAAGAUGAACAACAAACUCAUCUUCCAGUUGAUCAAAUUUCUAGCAUGAGGAUUCAUGUUAAUCGUUCACGUCAAAUGGGUUCAGGUGCUCAUGCUAUUGUUUGGAGACUAACCGAUUUAUCCCAUUAA